ACUUCCUCCAUACUCUCACACAUACCUACAUACACACAUUUUCUCCCAUUCUCAUAUUCUUCAAAUCUCAACUCACUCAACAACAAGAAGAAGGCACCAAUUUUUUUUCACUCACCUUCUUCCUCAAUUUUUUCCUUACCCAAAACAUGGACACAAGAAUGCAAAACACAAACACACCGUUCCAAAACAGUUCCGAUAUUGGAUCAUGUUUAUCAAAUCUCAUCUUAUCAACUACCACAAACACACUUGACUCUAUUUUCUCCGAUAUUCCAUCAACAAACACCACAAACAACAACAACAACAACAACAAUAACUUUUUCGGUUCUUCGAAUCAUGAACCUUUAGGCUCCUCUGUUUAUCUUCGUCAAAGAGACAUUCUUCAAAAAUUCUACGAAGAAACUCGAUUAACCCCCUCUUUCAUUCCAUCUUCAUUUUCAAACUCCCCUUUAUACACCACAACAGCAAAUUCAAUUUUAAGUGCUACCGCGAGUUCGAGUUUGUUCACUUCCUUGGUGAACAACCCUUUGAAGAAGAAACUAUACAGAGGAGUGAGACAGAGACACUGGGGAAAAUGGGUUGCGGAGAUUCGACUUCCUCAGAACAGAAUGAGAGUUUGGCUUGGAACCUACGAAACCGCUGAAGCUGCAGCUUAUGCUUAUGAUCGUGCAGCCUAUAAGCUUCGAGGCGAAUACGCACGUUUGAAUUUCCCGAAUUUGAAGGAUCCAACGAAGUUAGGCUUCGGAGAUUCUACAAAAUUGAAUGCUUUGAAGAGUUCCGUGGAUGCGAAGAUUCAAGCUAUUUGUCAGAAGGUGAAAAGAGAAAAAGCUAAGAAGAUUGCAGCAAAGAAGAUGAAGAAGGAGAGUGAUGAAAAUGAGAAGAGGAAGAAGAAGAACGAGGAGUUAGAGAAAAUUAACUCGUCUUCGUGUUCUUCUUCUUCGUCAUCGUUACCGUUAUCGCCUUCUAUUUUCUACCAAGAUUGGGUGAAUGAGUUCUUUUCGCCUACUGUUUCUGAUGACGGAGUUUGGAAGGGGGAGAGUUCGAAUUCGCCGAAUUCGGUUUCGACAAUGGUGACAGAGGAAACAGAGUUUGAAGAUUGUUCAUUGGCAAGAAUGCCAUCUUUUGAUCCUGAGUUGAUUUGGGAAAUUCUUGCUAUAUAGAGGAAAAAGUGUAAAUGAAAAUUAGCGAUGAUUUUAUGUUUUUAAUUUAAAGUGGGUGUGUUAUGUGUUUUGUUUAGGUGUAGUUUUAGUAUGUGGGAAUGGUGAGAGGGUUUUUAGCAUUUUGAAACUGUCAUUGUGGCUUUGGAUUUUUUGCUCAGAGGCUUCAGGAUAUUUUCCUAUGGCAGUUGUUGUGAUAAGAAAAAGUUAUACCAGUAAAAUUUUACUUAUU